AACCCUAUCACAGAGAUGACCGAACUCGAGGAUGCAGAACAGACACAGCUCCUGGCGUCCAUAGCUACAUGGGAGAGACAGAUCGCGGCAGCGAAGCGGCGUCUCAACGAGCUUAGACCAAUCGGAAAGCUGCCCUCCGAGUUGCUCUGCGAGGUGUUUAUGCAUCGGUCUGCUGAUUGGCGCGUGGGAGAUCGCACCUGGAUUGAAGUUUCGCGCGUCUGCUAUCGCUGGCGCGAAGCUGCGCUCAACUAUCCGGCACUUUGGGGCCAGAUUAUGCCGCACACGUACAAGUGGACACGAGAGCUGCUGCUCCGUUCCGAGCAAUCUGCGUUGGACGUCGCCACCUCCGACUAUCGUGCAGCUGAUAAAAAAGACAUCAUUGUCCUCCUCCGCCAAUUGCAUCGCUUGCGCUCUAUAGACUGGAGCCUCUACUACGAGAUUAACGCCCCUGAUCUCCCCAGAGUUGCACCUUUCCUGCGUUCGGUCGCCCUUUGUGAUCGUGAGGUCCGUGGACAUGGGCCAUCUGCUACUCCCUUCGACAACAUCGAGGCUCCGCUCUUGACGCAUUUGGAGAUCGUCUGUAUACCAGUCUCGUGGACAAGCAGACUCUUCCGACCCACUCUGACACAUUUGAAAUUCUGUGUGUACUAUGAAGGCCCUCGGCCCAUCGACAUCAGUAUGCUCGAGGUACUCGGCCUUCUACAGACCAUGCCUCAAUUACAAUCGCUCGAACUCGCGGAUGCUCUACCUGAUUCCGGCACAGCUGGCAUUGGAGCGAACGUACACGUUCGUUUUCCUCAGCUGUGCUUCCUGAGAGUUAAGGAACGUGCAUCGAUUAUACGCUACUUCCUCGAACAUAUCUCGUUCUCCAAAGACAUCGAUAUCUCGAUCGAAUUCUCCAAUUUUCAACUUGACCGCGAGAACAUGGAACAGAGCAUGCGUUUGCUCGCAUCCUUGUUUGCAUCAGAUGCCCAUUCGAAGGAUGUUAUGCGACCUCUGCGGUCGCUUUCUCAUUCUCGCCACGCCGCCAAAGCUUGGACCAGGAAUCAAGAACUUGACAAUUUGUUUUCACCGUACCUCGACCGUACCGCCGCAUCCAGGCCAUUUCACCACGAUCGUCGUGCCCUCGCAGUGCGUGCGCCAGCCUUGAUGCCCGACAGCUGCCCAACGCUCUUCGAAAUGUUCUGUCGCUCUCUCCCCUUGGCGGAGGUGAGAUCAGCCUACAUCGACAUGGAAUGGAUGAACAACUGCCCUUGGCAGAACAUAUACGAGAGCAUGCCCCAUAUCUGCGAGCUCGGUGUCGCUGGCCGUGAGACAGACCACACGUUCCUCAUCGAGUCGCUCGCUACCGCAUCAACGACAACCGACGCGCUCCGUCCGCUGCAUUGUGACUUGCCGGUAUACAUGUUUCCAGAGCUGCAGGUGCUCUCCCUUCAUAGGCUGUACUUAUUAGAUGAUGGCCCGUGCUUGACAAACGUGUGCGGCUCACCUCAAAGACGGUCUGCAGAAGCGGGCCUAUAG